AUGGCUCUCAAUUACGACUAUGAUGAAUCCAGUGAAACGUGGCCAUUCUUCCUCCUAACAAUAUUAUUGAUGCUUUUGAUACCAUUGACUUUGAUGCAAUGCUACAAAUUAAUCUAUAGUAAAUCAAAAAAGGACACUAGGAACCAUGAAGAUGACAAGUAUUCCGAAUUGGAAGCUCUAAACGACAUAGAUACACCAGAAGAAAUUAUCAAAUUCCGUUCCAAAUAUACCUCCAAGAGUAAACUCUCCUGCCUUUUCAAUUGGAAAAACCUUUUCAUUGUUGUAGGUUGGGCCGUUGUUUUCUAUUUAGUUCAAAGAAUAUCUAACAACGACGCCAUUAAACAGGCUGCAAUUGGUAUUUUCGAUCCUUAUGAUAUCUUAGGUAUUUCUUCAAGCUCUUCAGAUAAGGAUAUUAAAUCCGCUUAUAGAAAAUUAUCCAUUAAAUUCCAUCCAGAUAAAUUAUCUAAAGAUUUAUCCGCUGAUGAAAGAAUUGUUAUGGAAGAAAAAUAUGUUCAAAUUACAAAAGCAUACGAAGCUCUUACAGAUGAAACAGUUAGAGAAAAUUAUCUGAAAUAUGGUCAUCCUGAUGGUCCACAAUCUACUUCUCAUGGUAUUGCCCUACCAAGUUUCAUGGUUGAAGGUUCCUCUUCUCCAAUUUUAAUUAUGUUCUAUAUCUCAUUAUUAGGUAUUGUCUUACCUUAUUUUGUUAGUAAAUGGUGGUCCAAGACUCAAUCUUAUACAAGGAAAGGUAUCCAUACAAAAACCGCUUCUUAUUUCGUCGAUAGAUUAGUUAAUUAUAAACCAUCAGAAGUAGUCACUGUGGAUUUGAUUAUUAAAUGGUUAUCUCAUGCGGAAGAAUUUAAACAAUUUUAUCCUUCUUUAACUUCAAAAGAUUUUGAAGAAUUAUUACAUGAUCAUAUUAAUCGUAAAUCAAGUAAUGAAAAGGGUCCAGAUAGAAACAUCAUUAAAAAUAGAAUUGUCGCUAAAUGCCACUCUUUAUUAUUAGGUCUUUUAGAUAUUGCUGCCGGAUUUAGAAACACUGAUGUUGCCAAUGUUACAUUAGAUACUUUUAAAUGUAUUGUUCAAGCCAUUCCAAGCAAUCCAAAGGCAGAACUUUUACAAUUACCAAAUGUUGACAAGGAACAAUUUGAAAAUGGUAGCUUAGAUGAUAUUUUCACCAUUGGUAAAUUAUUCACAUUUGAUGAUGAAAGAAUCGGUAAAAUUUUAGGUAUUAAAGAUGAAAAAUUAUUAAAACGUACUUUAACUGUAGCAUCUAAUAUCCCACAUAUAAGAUUAUUAAAGGCUGAUUUUGUUGUUCCAGGUGAAACCCAAGUGACUCCAUUAUCUACUCCUCAUAUUUCAUUAAAAGUUUUAAUCCGCUCUGCUAAACACAAGAUUAUUAACACAGAAUCGUUCCCGGAAUCAAUGUUAUCUGAACCACAAGAUUUUGAACAUCAAAGAAAUCCAUUUUCUAUCAUUGAAGAACAACCUUUAAUUCCAUAUAGUUACUCCCCUUAUUUCCCAGUAAAGAGACGUUCAGCAUGGUGUUGUUUAAUCGCAUUACAAAAAGAUAAUAAAAUAAUUCAAACACCAGCUAUAAUAAAUAAUUUGUCAUUCCAUAAUUUAUCAAAAUCUCUGGACAAGAGGGAAGUUAAAAUGGCAGGUAAAGACAUUAAAGGUUUCAUUCCUGAAGAUUGGGAAAUUGGUACCAUUAAAGUUCCAUUAGGUCAACCUGCUCCUAAUCAAGAAGGUGCAGUUUAUUUCAGAAUUAUUCUAAAGAAUACUGAUUAUUUCGGUGCUGAUUUAGAUUUCACAAUGACUAUGAAUGUCCGUGAGUAUUCUGAAAAGGAUUUACAACAAAUGAGGGAAGAAAGUUAUAAUAAUGAUGAUGAGGAUUCUGAUGUUGAUGAAUCUGAAGAGGAGUUGGAGGAAUCUGACGAUGAAGGUAGUGAUAGUGAAUAUACUGAUAUAGAUACAGACACAGAAGUGGAAGAAGACGCCGUGGAAGAUAGGGAAAUAAAAAAUAACUUACUUUUCAUAUAA